AUGUAUCAUGAGGUAAUUGAUAAAGCUACAGACCGUGCAAGACGUGUUACAAACGCGAAGCGCCAAUCUUCUCUUCGAAAAAGCGGUCACAGUGACGUGAUAGUCGCAGCAACUCCCACAAUUUUGAUGCAGGAGGAUUCAUGCAAACCUUCGACACCACACAGCGCCAUAAAAGCUGCGGAGGGUGGAAAGUCCACCCGCCGUCGACAUGCUCACUUGCACACUCGUGAAGAGGUUGGCAUUGCUGUCAAGAUUGUACAGGAUCUUGAAGCAUCCUUCGGAUGGGCACCUCCGCUCUCAAUCAAUCCACGUGAUGCAGAUAACCUUCUUGUUGGUCCAGAGAGUAUCUCGUAUGACGACAAUAUUGCUGCCGAAUUUGCGGCUCCCGAAGAGUUGAAGAAAACCGAAGAAGUUCGGGACAUUAACGAAGUUAAAGUGCUGGAUCCGGAACAAUGCUGGAGGGAGAUGUUUUCGAGUUAGAUCGGGUCGAACAAGGAACAUUAAUACCACAGGCUAUUCUAGCUAGAUUAGGUUGAGGUGGUUGAUUACAAUAACGAGGAUGACGGGUGGGACGAGGCAACAAUAUUGACGUCAUCGUUUGGAAUGAAACAUGUUUGCUUCACUAAGAGGGACAGUCACUGCGGAAGUGAGAAACUGAUCAGACCAUAUUCCGAGGGAGAAAGGGCAAGUGAGCAGACACAAAACGUACCUAGCUGUUAAUCCGACGCAAAUCCGACGUAUCGUAGAUUUUGAAGCGAAGCCUUCGUUUGGUCCACAGCUACAGACGUAAACAGAUGCUUUUCGGACUUCGCCACCAUGUCUUUUCCGACGUCCGUUUAUUCUCUUCAAAUACUUGCUGUUCCAACACUAACUGACCCUGGAAAUCCACUCUUUCGACGUCUGCAUACGAUUGGAUUUAAGUGAG